UCCAGUACUUUUCAACAACUCUCGGACGCCGAUGUCGUAUUCCCACCUUUAAAUCCUUUGUUGAAAUCUGCUUGUUUUGGAGUAAAUAUGGUUGAGUUAACCAGAGAAUGUAACAUUAUUUAUGCCAAGAUGGCCGAGCAAGCCGAGAGAUACGAAGACAUGGUCUUUUUUAUGGAAAAUGUCGUUAAAAUGGGCGAAAUUCUAACACCUGAUGAAAGGAACCUGUUGUCUGUGGCGUUUAAGAAUGUCGUUGGAGCUCGUCGUUCGGCUUGGCGUGUUUUGGAUGGUAAAGACGAUAAACUAGGUGAGAAAGACUCGGAAAAAGAAGUGGUUAAGGCUUUCAAAGAUAAAAUCACCGAGGAAUUGGGUGAGCGUUGUCGUCAAGUGGUUGAACUUCUGGAUACGUUUCUCCUAACGCCAAUAUUAAAGGAUGACGAGGAUUUGCAAGCGAUCGAACGAAUGGUGUUCUAUCUCAAAAUGAAGGCAGACUACUGUCGGUAUUUAGUAGAAAGCGCCGACAAAUUGUCGAAAGAAAAGUACACGGAAGAAUCAUUACAGGCAUAUGAGAAUGCAAUGUCUUUUGCAGAGAAACUUCCCUCCACCAACCCAAUUCGACUUGGUUUGGCGCUCAAUUUCUCCGUUUUUUACUUUGAAAUAAAAAAUGACAAGGAUAAAGCUUGCGAGUUAGCAAAGGCUUGUUUCGAUGAAGCUAUUUCAGAGUUAGAUGAGCUGAAAGAGGAAUCUUACAAAGAUAGCACUUUGAUAAUGCAACUACUUCGAGACAAUAUCACUUUAUGGACCGCCGAACCAAUGGAGGCGGAUCCUGAAUAAAACUGCCAUCCUUAUUGAAUGCCUUGGAAAUUUCCUCGCGCUCUCUUAUACAUUAGGUACCUUUAAUACAAGCUGAACUGCUUUGCUCAAAGAAUCAUUAGUUUAGUACGAACUUUUACAUCAAGUAUAAUCGCUGUAUGUAAUUUCUUCAAUAUGGCGACUUUAUAUGAUUGAUAAUCAAAGGUAAUAUUUAGCACUAGUGUUCUUUUACUACCAAACACUAUUACUGUACUAGCACUAUAUUACUAAUGAAUUGCAGUUAGAUGUGUCAUUUGACCUUGUCAUGUCAAUUUAAUAUGGUUUUUUAUGACCAAA